AUGUCCCAAGUCCUCGCGGAGUGGGGGGUUGGCCUGGCGGUCGCCGCCGAGCCGUACCGCGUGCCUGAUCACCCACAUUGGGUGGGCGACGCGGACGGUUUGGUGGCGACGGUAUGGGGAGGUGGCGACGGGUCCCCGCCGUUCUCCAUUCUGGAGCGCGGUCGGGGUUUCGUCGCCGUGGACUGGGGGGGAGUCGCCGUAGUGGGGUGCUACAUCUCGCCCCGCAGCGGUCACGCCGCGUUCGAGCUGUACUUGGCCGAGGUCGCGGCAUGCGUGCAGCGCUGCGCGGCCCGGCCGGUGCUGGUCCUGGGGGACUUUAACGCCAAGUCGGUGGCUUGGGGAUCCCCUAGGACCACCGUUCGCGGCGGGAUCCUGGGCGACUGGGCGGCGGGGCUCGACCUUCGGUUACUGAACCGGGGGUCGGAGCACACGUGCGUGCGGCGAUAUGGGGGGUCUAUCGUGGAUGUUGGAUUCGCGACCCCCAACGCCGUGCGCAUGGUGUCGGGUUGGCAGGUGGCCCCGGAGGCAGAGACACUCUCCGAUCACCG